CCGGAACAUCAGAGCAGAGUGACCCCGUGGAACUGCUGGUGACAGGUGAGGGCACUGGGGACAGAAAAUAGUCCUGGGUUGUCUCCUCAGGGCCAUUUCACAUCACUAAUUGCUCUCUGCACACAGAUCACAUGUAUCCCCCACCUGGCAUUUCCCUGAGCCCUGAGGAACAUGUGCAGAUGGGGACCAAUGUCACCAUCCAGUGUUGGAACCAGGGUUAUCAUGGCACCUUCUUCCUGCACAAGGAUGGUCACUCAGCCCCUGUCCAGUGCCAGGACCCCAAAGGUGGGGGCACGGCCACCUUCACACUCUUUAGAGUGACCCCAGCAAAUGCUGGCACCUAUAGGUGCUCCUACCGCAUUGAGGGCUCCUACUAUGUGUCAUCUUCCCUUGGGGACAACGUGACACUGAAGGUGACACCCACAACUGCACAUCCAGGUGCUGAGAGGAUGUCCCGUGGGAACCUGGUGGUGGCAGUGGUGAGGGGCUGCGCUGCCGCCCUCGUCUUUGGCCUGGGCCUCUACUUCAUCCUCGAUGCCCGCAGCUUCUGGAUACGGAGAGAUGAGAGCCCUGCUGAGGAAGGCGCUUGAAUUAUUUUGAUACCCAACAGAGAACCUUUCGAUCCCCCCAAGUGUCUUCUGCUUCCUCUUUGAUAUCGUCUAUGUGCCCAGUCUCUCAAUCCCCCUUUCCAUCCUCUACACAUCCCCCUAGGUGUGCCCUUCCUCGUCUUCCAUCCCCUAGAGGUGGAUAAAUCCCCUUCACUUUUCCCUGCUGCUGCUUCCAUGCACUAUUGAUCCCCCUCGUGCUCUCUGGUGCCCUCCAUAAGCCCCAACCCACUCCCCUCCCCAUUUUCAUGUAGCUGCCCCCCUCAUGAAGGCUGAGUCCAUUAGGUUCCAGGACAGUGUCUGAGCCAGGGAAAACCUGAAUCCAGCCUACCUCUUGGGGACUCCACAAAACCCACUGGGAACCCCAAACCCUGACCACGUGGACCCCAACACACUCCCAGCCUCAUAUUCCUUACCCUACCUUUAUAUGCAUCCCCAAAUCCAGGCCAUGGGAAACCCAAAAUCUACACUGUGGGAACUGGAGAUCAAAUCUCCCAGUCCGCCUGGUGUCCUCCCUGCCCUUUACACCCUAUGGGCAACCCCAACAUUGAGCAUACCAGACCCACAUGAACCACAGCCAGAACAAAGCCCCUGGGAAUCCCCUAACCUCCUCAACAGCCCCCACAUCCCAUGGGCACCCCAUGCCAUUGCGGAACCCCCAAAUGCCAUGCAUUCUUACCCCCAGUAUCUCACCAAUGGAGCCCCCAGUUAUGAGUCUCCCCAGAUCCCCUAGGCCUAAACACCCCUCAGAUCACAUGGGCACACUCCAACCAUAAGGAAACACCCCAGAAACAUUCUUGGAACCCCAAAACUAUGCCACACUUCACUCCUGAGCCCACCCACCCUGUUACCCUGUCUUAGACCCCAGAAUCCCCAAUGCCCCGAAACCUUCACAAUAACACCAAAUUCUCAAAUACACAGUUAUAUCCCUGAAAUCCUUCUUUAUCCUCCUCAAAUCCCUUACCAACCACUGAGGCUCCAAGCCCUUCCCAAGUUUUACCAUAGUUCGGAAGGUAGUGAGCAGUCUUACUGAGCACCAGUUGUUUUGUAAAUAUAUCAGUGUUAUUACCAUUGCUGGUAUUUCUCCCUUCCUUUUCUGUCUCAGUAAACAGUUCUUAUCUCAGCCUAUGAAUUCCACAAUUUUUUUUUCUCAUUCUCUCCCUAAACCCACGGGGAGGGGUCAGUGUCUGAAGGGCUGUGUGGUGCUGAGCUGCUGCCGGCUGCCAGCACCGCAGUCCUUGUGGUGGGGGCCCAACACGGGGCGCAAAGGGUGGAGAUCCCGACAGAUGUGAGCAGAGCGUGUUCCAACACAACUGCUCUCAGCGGGACAGCAGCCUCAGAGCUGCUGCUCACAGCGCUCAGCUCUUCCUUCACUUGCUGCCAUCCCUUGCUCUCAGGGCUGCUUCCUUCCCUGCGCUGGCGCUGGUUCUCA